CAACAAUAUCAACAAUGUCAACUACAACAAGUAAGUGUGCAGGUGGUGUGUAGAAAUAAAUAACGAAUGACAUGUUUUUCUGAUUUUGUCAGUCACUGGAUUCACAUUUAUUCAAUAAAAUAAAAUAUUUAAAAGAUAUGUGUUCAAAUAAUGAAAAUCUUCGACUGAAUCUUGAGUUUGGAGGCGGUGCUGAAUUCUUAUUUGAUAAAAAGAAAUAUGUAAUAGACUUACCUGGUUCUGAAUGGACUUUAAAACUUUUGCUAACAUGGAUCAGAGAUAACCUCUUGAAGGAAAGAACAGAAUUAUUUAUGCAAGACGAUACAGUAAGGCCAGGAAUUUUAGUUCUAGUAAAUGAUGCUGAUUGGGAAUUAUUGGGCCAAGCUGAAUAUAAGCUUCAACAGAAUGACACUAUUCUUUUCAUAUCGACGCUGCAUGGAGGUUAACACUUAUUUUAUAAUUAAAUAAAUCUUGGCAAAUGAAUCUUCUACGCUUAAAAACAAAACUUGUAUCAGGAUAAACUGAUCCAUAGUAUAUAGGUUUCCAUCAUUUUCAAAAACUUUCAUUUAUCGACAUUUCAAAUUUUAUCGUUUAGUGAAAUAUAGAAGUCAAAAUAUUAAUAUAGUUUAGUUUAGGUAAAAUAGAAAAUGAACAAUUAUUAUUUUUUCAAGAAAUAGUACAACUAAAUUUUCGAUGAUAUAUUAUUUUAUGUAUGUAAAAGUUUAUUGGUUUAAGAUUUAUUAUUUUCCACUGAUCAAGUUGAAUCUAAUAUUUUAAUAUUUU